AGAUAGCACUGUUUAGAGUGGUCACUGCAACACUAUUUAUAUCUUAUUACUUCCUGGUGCCUGGGAUGGCUGUCGAAAGUGUUCGUAAAGGAGAUGACUAUAAUACAAUUUUUGAUAGUUCUUGGUACUUAAAAAAUUACCACUCAUCUCCAAAGGGAGAUCCAGAAGAAAGAGGUCAUUCUACAUUCUUAUAUGAAGAACUACAUCAAACGUAUAGUUCCGGUAGGUUUCGAUUCCGGGCAAGCAGUUUAGAUCUAUUACAUGGAGCACGACCCGAUAUAGUUCAACAAGUUAAACCCAAU